CGCGCACCAUAACUCUAGCGCUGCUGUCUGAGGAGAGAGAAACACUCAGGCCCCAAAAUUAUAAAUAUUAUUUUAAAAAUUAAUAAAAAAUAUAAUACAACAACAGAAUCGCGCAAGAAAUACCGGAAAAGGUGCAGUGCGGACUGCUACGAGCAGUCAAGAUGGACUGUAGGCCUCCGACCCCACUCUCAACUGUCACUGUGAGGGUGACAAACAUCUCCCUUCAGCACUGCAGACACACAGAAGAUUUGGACACUGGCAACUGUAACUGAACCCCUCCAUCCCCUAUCCCUCCCAUACUCUCAGGCCUGUCUCCACCAGAUUUGAGCCUCAAAGGCAGGGGAGUCACACCGACACCCUCAUGGCCCUGGAACCCUAGGGUUGUCAUGACAGCUGUUGUCAACAGUGUCCCAUGCCAGUGUACCACAGUGAUACCAGAGAGCAACCAACAGGGAGCUGUAGCCAGGCAGUGCCAAUUGGUUGGAGCAGUAGAGAGGGGUUUGGAAAGAGAGAGAGAGGGAGAUUGGGAGAGAGAGAUAGAGAGGAAUUGGGACGGGGAGAAAGGGACAGACAGGGAUUUAGAGCGGGAGAGGAUCAGCAGUGAGUGUGAGGGCUGUGGUAGUCUGUGCGGUCUCAGUUCUGGGCAGGAUAAGCUCCGCCUCCCUGCCUGCAGACCCCUGCUUUGCUCUCACCUAUUCUGCGAGAAGGCCUUCACCUCCAAGUACAAACUGCUGAGGCACAUGGCCACACAUUCCCUGCAGAAGACACACCAGUGCUCCGUUUGUGCGAAGAUGUUCCACCGUAAAGACCACCUGAAGAACCACCUGCAGACACACGACCCCAACAAGGAGGCCUUCAGGUGUGGAGAGUGCGGCAAGAGCUACAGCACCAAGCUGGGCUACAAGCGCCACGCGGCCAUGCAUGCCGCGGCUAACGGGGACCUUACCUGUAAGGUGUGCCUGCUGCGCCUGGAGACCACACCCGCCCUGCUGGAGCACCUGAGGGGCCACUCAGGUGGGGUGGCGGGCGGGGUCAAGGAGAAGAAGCACCCGUGCGCCCACUGCGAACGCCGUUUCUACACCCGCAAGGACGUGCGCCGCCACAUGGUGGUGCACACGGGCCGCAAGGACUUCCUGUGCCAGUUCUGUACUCAGCGCUUUGGCCGCAAGGACCAUCUCACCCGCCACGCCAAGAAGAGCCACUCCCAAGAGCUGCUGAAGGGUGGGGCCGAGUCACAGGGCGUGGAUCCGGGCGGGGCCCCGGGCCUGGCCAUAAAGGAGGAGCUGAGCCCAGUGAUGUGCAGCUACAGCCCCAUGGGCCUCUACGGCCCCCAUCUGCAGGCCACGCCCACUUCAGGCGGGGCUUACCACCCCCUGAUGGCUGGCUCUUUGGGGAUGGGCUGCCACAUGGAGCCCUCGAACCCACUCCACCACUCCCACCCGCACCUGCACCCCCGACACCCCCAUCACCUGCACCCUACACACUCUCCUCCACCCCGCCCGCCCCCCCAGACCCUACCGGGAUCUACCUCAUACCUGAAACUAGAAAUGGAGAGCUUCCUGAUGGACCUGCAGAGUGGGCUUCCAGCCCCGCCAUUGGCUGAGGCUCCGGGCUCUGCCCCCACCUCAGACCUCCCCCACAGCCUGCAGGCAGAGAGCCCUGCCCCCAUCGCAGAGUCGCUGUGCAUGGCCAACAUGGACGUGACCCACCUUCUGAGCUUCCUUCCACUCAGCCUACCUCCCUACAGUGCCCCCCUGAGCGCAGGAGGCCCUACUGCAGGCUACAGCACCUCCUCAAAUUCUUCCUCUGCCUCCUCUUCCUCCUCCUCAACCUCACAUGGCACAGAGCCCCUCUCAACACCUCUUACCUCUCUGCGAACCAGACCUCAGGAGCCUUCGGGCCACGCCUUUAGCAGCCACACUCUUCCACGCUUCCACCAGGCCUUCCAGUGAGAGCCAGGCCCCUCCCCUAGGGAGAGCCAGGCCCCUCCCCUAGGGGAUUCAAGCUUCAAAAAGGCUCAGAUUCUUAAAAACUUGUAAUGUAGUUGCAAAAGAGAAGAAAAACAGAUUCAUGUUCUGUUUUCUUUGAUUUUGUUAUUCCUCUCCCCCACACCAGGAGUCAGUAUCAGAGUUCACUGGGAAAUUAGGCUGCCCUUGUUUAUUAUUGGUGAUAAUAAUAAUAAUAAUAAUAAUAAUAAUAAUAAUAAAAUAGUAUCAUGGUGGACAGUGUAGAUCAGAACAGAGAUUAUUCCCUUCACAUAGUCUAGUUUGGGGUAGAUUAUGUGGGAGCUGCUUUUCCCCUCCUGACAUGUUAUUGUCUGUGUUGUGCCCCAGAGGAUCGCAGACAAGAGAGAGAGAAUGUGUGUGUGUGUGUGUGAAUAGAGUAAUGAAAGGCAGAGAUGGAACCUGCUUUGCCACUCCCUUUUUUCACACGUAAUUCUCUCGCACACUCAAGUGUUCUGACCCAGUUCCAGAGGCUUUGGUCUGACUGCCGCUGGCAGUUGGUCCGCAACUUUGAGAAUGUGCUUCAGCAGAUGUGCCAUUAUUUUUUUUAUUUUUCACGUACAUUGUUUUUCAUUCAUUCUAGCUAGGCCAGAAUGAGUGAUGAAUUAGUUUUGAAAAUCUGGCCAUGAGUUUGUAGUUUGAAGAAUGAGCCACGAGAUUGGAAAAAAAAAAAGAUUUUAACUGUGCUUCAUCCAGCUAAUAAAACUGGACAAAACGGACAGGACAGUCCAAGAUGAACAAAGCAACACUGCAAAAAAAAAAAGUGUUUUAACAAGUCUUUUAGUCUUGUAAUGAGACUUAAAAUCGUAUUUCUUUCUCUCAAAUAUGAGCUUGUUUUAAGUUAUUCUUUGCUUGACAAGUGAAAUUUUCUCACCCUAUUGGCAAAUCCUGAAGUGAAUCAAACUAUUUCACCCCAUUGGCAAUCUUUUUGUCUUAUUCAGCCAAAAAGUAAUAGAAAUAAGACUAAAUUGCUUGUUAAGAUUGAUUUUUUUUAGUUUUGCUGUGAGGAUCCUUACCCAGAUUAGUUGACAGGGACUAACCUGCAAUAAGGAGAGCUGGAGCACUCAAAGCUUAGAAAAAACACCUUCAAAACAGGGUCACUGACAUUGAGAGACAUCGUUUUGAGCCAUUCGAUGGAUUCAUCCUUAGUCACACCUCUAGAGAGGGUGUAAAUGUGUAUGGGAUUCAGUUAUAGGAUAGUGUCUGUUGUGUGUGUGUGUGUGUGUGCGUGUGCUUUUGAGUUUUUAAACCAAAUUAUAAAAAGUGAUUGCUGCAUUUUA